AUGCGUGGGCUGCAGCUACCUUCUUCUGAUGAGUCUUCUUUCUGGGAUAAGUGGAAGGCCGCCAUUGCUAUCCUGAUCGGUGGGCUCGCGGGUGUAGCUAAGUUUGAGGCUGGGAUCAAGCUCACAGGUGCAGGCUUAUUCUGCAGCCACUGGUUUGGUUUGAAGAUUUCUGGUGGCUAUCUCAGCACGACCGCCUAUGUGGCCGCUGUAGCCCCGGCGGUGGCAGUAGCUUUCGGUACAGCUGCUGCUGUCUACUUCGUUCAAUGGGGCGCGCUCUGUGACUACUUCAAAUGUCUCCUAGAAUCGCUGUGGAAACUUCUUGCCGGAAUCCAUGAAUGGAUUCAGGAACAGCUGUCUAGCCUGAGGGGUGUUGUGGAGCAGUUUCCAUCUUAUCCUCCAUCUUACAGAGCCUUUGAGUCUACUUAA